AUGUCAAGCAAACGUGCGCGUCCAGAUCCGAUUGCUGAAGAAGAAGCAGCUGAUCUAGAUCUCUAUGCUGGACGAUUAGGAUUUGCAGGUGCAAGCUUCAAAAAUGAAUUCCGAUCUGCCUGGCAGCAGUCGCCAGACACGCCGAGUGUUGGUCUUCGCAAUGAGACGGCUGAUGAAGGAGUGAAUGCUGGACUCGAUGAAGAGGCUGGUGUCGGUGUGAUAUCCCAGACGUUGAAGAGUGACAGCGACAUCAACAACUUCUUACAUCAAAAAUCGCGACCUGUAAAUGAGAAAUUACUCGAACAACUGCUCGGCAGCAAAGGCGCCCGGGCCAAAAAGAAGGAGAUUGAUGCUGCCAGAGUCACAGCGGCGUCAAAACCCCUGCCAUUGAAGAAACCAUUUUCUUCUGCAAAGCCACAGGACGAUAGCUCCGAUGAAGAAGGAGGUCGAGCCUCAGCGAUCACUUCAAAGCGUGGAGGUCGCGUCGCCUCUGAGCCUACUCGCAAAGCACCUGCAGGCGAUACAGGAGAACAGGGAAACGAUGCACGAUCUAUCUCAAAACUACCGCCAGGCGCUGACCGCGACGCUGAUGAUGCAGACGAGGCUGACACCAGACCAAUAGUGACUUCGAAACCUGUCAAGAGAAAGGCAACUGGAGGAUAUCUGGAUGAACUACUGGCAGCAAAAGCGUCGAAGAAGAACAAGAAGACGAAAUCGGGGGGCACAAACGUCGAUGCUCGCUGA